CCCGCAGCCCAGAAAAGUCAUUAGUCUUUCGAAGAGCCUCACUCAAGAGAGAGUGUAAAAAAUGCAAAAAUAGUGUUGUCCAUUUGUCGUGAUCAUUAAUUUGCAUUAAUCAAAAUACGCGUUUGAUUUCGUGCUAUAAUUUCAUCAAUUCGAUCGGAUUUACGGCGUCGCGAGUUUUACCGCCACAUACCAGCCCUGUGCGAGGCAAACGAACAACAGAAAAGAAACAGCAAAGAGAGCAGUUCUCCCAUCAUCGUGAGCGCCCAGUAUAGCAAUGAUGGCUGAAUCAGAUAACACGGCGGAAGCGACGAGGCGGCUCAACGUCAAGAAACAAACCCUGGAUGAUGCCUACGCGAUUCCGGCCAACUUCCUCGAGAUCGACGUCGUGAACCCGCUGACGACGGUGACCGCCGGGAAGAAGCGCUACACCGACUACGAGGUCCGGAUGAGGACCAAUCUUCCCGUAUUCAAAGUAAAAGAAUCUAGCGUUCGACGACGGUACAGCGAUUUUGAAUGGCUACGAAACGAGCUUGAGCGCGAUAGCAAGAUCGUUGUUCCUCCGCUGCCGGGCAAGGCAUGGAAGCGUCAGAUGCCGUUCCGCGGUGACGACGGUAUCUUCGACGAGAACUUUAUCGAAGAGCGACGAAAGGGCUUGGAGCAGUUUGUGAACAAAAUUGCCGGCCAUCCAUUAGCCCAGAAUGAGCGCUGUUUGCACAUGUUUCUCCAGGAGCCGACCAUCGACAAAAACUACGUCCCAGGAAAGAUAAGGAACACGUAAAUCAGAUUACAAGGACAGUCGAGGGGGCGUUGCUGGUUAUGGUUUUUUCGGUUAGGAAAAUUCGGACGCAAAACAUUUAGGAGGAAAACUAUAUUAAAGAUCUUAUUAUGUAGGAAGAAACAUAGAAGUUCAGGUUUCUUGUCGCAUUCAUGGCGGGAAGAGAGGUACCAUACAAACGAACUGUACGCAAAUACAUUAUUUCCCAUAAACUGUUGUUGACACGGAAGACAAGAAAAGAAUCAUCAUCAUUGAACUACGCUGCAGAUAAUUUCAAAUUUUCAUCAACAGUCAGUGUACAAGACAGAACGGUAAAAACAAACGCAUGUAACGCUUUUAGUCGUGACUCUUGACGUGUCCAUAUCCCCUCGGUGUAAGCGUUACGUACUGAGUUUAUUUUCAGCAUGAGAGUAGUCGCGAAGGCAGACUUGCUCUUCUUUAUCGACUUUCAGUUUCUAUAUUUAAUGGUCUCGAAAAGCUAUCGGCACUUUAGGGCAAUUCUAGCAAUUGUUGUCCAUACAGUUAUCGUACAUUAUAUUAUGCAUGCAGGAAGGCAUCAAAAAAGUUAUUUUUGUUUUCAAAUACCUAUUACACUAAAUUGGGAUGGAUGAGAGAUUGGCAAUGGCAUUAUUGAUUUGUAAAAACACAUAUUCUGUAUAUCACUUUGGCACGAAAGCUCAAUCUUCUCAACAGUUAAAUCGAUAAAUGACAUCUAUUGUGAGUGUACUAAACUUUGAUUGUACGAUUAUAUAUUUGAGUAAAAUUGUAUGAAUGAAUGCUAAUGAAA